UGGGAGUUGUAGUUUUAAUGUACUUUUUCCGCCACUUACGUCGAUGUGACGGGGGCUCUUUUCUUUAAUGGGACUACAAACCCCAUAAAUCUAUGCGACGCCAGGAAACCUUGAAUAAAACUUUUCAACAUGGCGGCUCUUGCGUUCUUUCGGGACUUGUAGUCCCGCUCUAUGCUGACUAAUAGAUAGCCGAUUAAAAAUAAAACUACAACUCCCGGUGAGCUACCGUCUAAACUGAGGAAAAGGAGGAGGCAAGAGGAGGGAGGAGGAGGAGGAGGAGAAGAAGAAGAAAGCUACAACAUGGCGGUUGCAUCCAUCCCUGAGAUCUGGGAACUGUAAGAAGCGAAGCCCCAGGAGCUGGAGCAGCUUGGACUGUGCCAGGUCCUGGUUUCGGGGUGCCAGCCCCUCAGCCUUCCCUGUUUGCCCCAGUGGAAGUGGGCCGUAUCCCCACCGCGGUGCACAGCCAUGGGGGUGCAAGGUUUCCAAGAGUUCGUGGAAAAGCGUUGCCCGGGGGCAGUGGUGCCCGUGGACCUCUUGAAACUGGCACGGGCUGUGGGGGGCCGUGGAGGCGGGGGUCCUGCCUACUGUACCACCUUCCACCCACCAGCCGGCUAUCCCCAUCCUGCCGGGGCUGCGCCGGGGCUGGCACCCAUGGUUGGUGGUUACCCACACUCCCAGCAUGCAGGGGGGUUGGCACCCCCAGCACCAUGCCCAGCUCGGCUUCUGGUGGAUGCUGAUUCUGCUUUGCAGCGUCUGUACGGUGGCUACCAGACAGACUGGGUCUGUGGGGGCCAGUGGAAUGCCAUGGUGGGUUACCUGGCUGCCCUUUCACAGGCUUGCCUCUACCAAGGUGGCCUGGAGUUAGCUGUCAUCUUCAAUGGAGGGCUUGGAAAGGAGAGGUUGCCUGAGUGGGCCAGGAAGGCCCAGGCUGAGAGACAGACAGCUCAGCUAAUUGCAGGGCAUGUGAGCAACAAAGGUACCCCGCCACCUCGAGCCUGGUUUCUUCCACCUGCCUGUUUGGGGCAUUGUGUACGUCUGGCCAUGAUUCGAUUCCGGGUUAAGGUGUUCCAGAGCCUGGAGGACCAUCAUCAGGAAGUCGUAUCUUUCUUUCGGGAGAAUGGCUUUCAUGGACUAAUUGCCCAUGACUCGGAAUAUGCUCUCUGCAACAUCCCCUCCUACUAUAGUUCCCAUGCCCUGAAGCUGAGCUGGAAUGGCAAAAACCUCACCACUAACCAGUUCCUCAUGCAAGAGGUGGCCAAGCAGCUGGGUCUCAAGCUGAGCAGUUUUCCUAUAUUUGCUGCCUUGCUGGGGAACCACAUUCUUCCAGAUGAGGACCUGGCCGCCUUCCAUUGGAGUCUUCUUGGACCAGACCACCCGCUUGCUUCACUUAAGGUACGUGCCCACCAGUUGGUCCUUCCACCCUGUGAUGUAGUCAUCAAGGCUGUAUCUGAAUACGUUGGUGCCAUCAAAAGUCCCUCUGGCCUGGAUAUAAUAGGGAGAGAUGUCUUCAAACACUCCCAGUCCAGGACUGAAGAUAAAAUAGAACGCUUCAAGAAAGCAGUAGAAUAUUAUUCAGUGGCCAUGAAAGCACCUCCUACACCAGCCGGCCAGUCCCCGUAUGUUCUCCCGGCAUUUGGGCCUAAUCACUUUGGAGGGCCACCACCUCUGAAUCGCAAUCCAAUGGUAUCACUUCCUUCUGGGAAGGCUAUGUUUGCACCCCAAAUGGGGCCAAAGAUGCAGUACCAGCCACCUGGUCCACAUGGUGGCAUUGCUGCCGCCUCGUCUUUUCUUCCGGGUCCUGGUUCCAAUUUUCUCUUCUCACCUCAUGGCCUGGCGGACGCAAUGCCCUUCCAUGAAGAUCCUGCCUUGAAGGCUGGUCACUUCAACAACUGGCCGGUAUCAUAUGAUAACUGUCCCGCCAAGUUUCCUAACCAUCACCUGGGUCCCAAACCUUCCCCAUCAUCUGGGCCUGGAUCUUCACCCUCUUCCUCUUCUGAUGGAGAAGAGCACAAUGGAGCCAAUUCCAACCAUGUUUCUGAAACUGUGUCUCGCAAGUCUGGCUGGGAGGAUCCUGCGGGUGAAAAGAUAAUGAAUCAAGGCUGGGGACAAUCACCUGGGAACACUGGCAACUCAGAAAGGACCUUGAGUGGACCUGAAGCCCACAUCCCUUCAUUGCUCUCUAUGGCAACCCGCAACCACAUGGACAUAACCACCCCGCCUUUGCCUCCUAUUGCUCCAGAAGUACUUCGAGUGGCUGAACAUAGGCAUCGACGGGGACUUAUGUACCCUUUCAUCUACCACGUCCUUACCAAGGGUGAGAUCAAAGUCCCUGUGUGCAUUGAAGAUGAAUGUAACACUGAACUGCCGCCAGCAGUUGUCCUUUUCCGGGCCUCGCGGCAGUAUGUAUAUGGUGUCCUCUUCAGUGUGGCUGAGACACAACGGCGGAUGGAACGCCUGGCUGUGCGCAAGCGCAUUCCCGUGGAAACUCAUCCUGUUAUCGUCAAGGAAUGGUCAGCGUACAAAGGGAAGUCACCUCAGACCCCAGAGUUGGUCUCAGCUCUUGCUUUUCGGGAGUGGACUUGUCCCAACCUCAAGAAGCUCUGGCUGGGCAAAGCAGUGGAAGACAAGAACCGGCGUAUGAGAGCAUUUCUGGCUUGUAUGAAAUCAGACACCCCUGGCAUGCUCAACCCUGCCAAUGUACCCACACACCUACUGCUCAUGUGUUGUGUAUUACGAUACAUGAUACAGUGGCCUGGAGGCCGGAUCCUCCACAGACAUGAAUUGGAUGCUUUCUUGGCCCAGGCUGUGUCUGCUCAGCUAUAUGAACCAGAUCAGCUUCAAGAAUUGAAGAUUGAGAAACUGGAUCCCCGAGGAGUUCAGUUGGCUGCUCUGUUUAUGAGUGGAGUGGACACGGCCCUCUUUGCCAAUGAUGCUUGUGGGCAGCCUGUGCCCUGGGAGCAUUGCUGCCCGUGGAUCUACUUUGAUGGGAAACUCUUUCAAAGCAAACUGAUUAAAGCUAUACGAGAGAAGGCACCUCUGAUAGACCUCUGUGAUGGCCAGACCGAGCAGGUGUCUAAAGUAGAGAAGAUGAGGCAGAGUAUUCUGGAAGGCAUCAACUUCAAUCGCCAGGCUCCUCCACCUCUUCUCCCACCUCCACCCUUUAUGCCCUCUAUGGCAGCACCUUUUUAUCCAGUGCCUCUUUACCCUCGCGCUAUUGGAUCAAUGCAACCAGCAGCCCCUGGGAGGACUAGAGGCUUCACAGGACUUCAUCCAAUCCCACCACAAGGAGGCAAAUUGGAAAUUGCUGGGAUGGUGGUGGGGCAGUGGGCUGGGAGCAAACCUUCUCGGGGACAGGGCUCCUUUGGCAUGCAGGUGGUAUCAGUUGGAGGCCCAGGGAAAGGCCGUGGCCGUGAUGGCCCUGGAAAAAUUCCCAAAGGAAACAAGAAAGUAAACAAGCAAAACUUGACUGAUGGAACUGCAAAGACUUCCGAGUUCGGCAGCAACAGCAGCAGCAGCAGCUGCAGCCGACCCCAGUCCCAGUUGAAUGGAGAUGGAGGCCCCCCCUCUAGAGCCAACGAAGAUCCCACUGUUGGAGCAUGUCCUUCAGCCGCAUCACCUUGUGCCUUAGCAAGAGACACUGACUCAUGCAAUAACAAAAGCCCCUUUUUCGGGACGCUGGGUGGGGACUCUGAACGGUGCCCGGAGAACAAACUUCCCUUCCCAGCUCUGCAGAAAGAGGAGUGAAUAGAUGCCGCUGUGGGUCCAAUUGGCUGGCAAAUGGGGGGUGGGGUGGGAUGACAAGAGAGAAGGUUUUGACCUGCCAAGGAAAGGAUGGGGAAAUUCAGCCCUUCAACACGCUGGCUAGAAUGUAAAUGCAAUCAAGUGCUGGAAUGGAAUUAUUAGCUAGGCAGGGCAGGGACAGGAAGAUUGCUGUCUUGAUAGCUCACAUUACAACAUUGGGCUAAUUAAUCGAAUUGCUCCACUUACAGCAGAUAUAAUACUGUGAGGUCAAGCAGCCGGCUGGGACUCUUGCCCCUGCUUUGGAGGAUAACAUCAGCCUUUUUGCAUUCUGCCCCUCAAAUUUGCCACUGUGCCAAUCGGAUCCAGAAAGGCGGCAAUUUUUUUAAGUUUAUUUGAAUUUAUUUUUGUUUUUUAAUUUUAUAGGGGGAAGACUUUUUAGGGUGCGAGAAUUAUGAAUUCUGGAUUUUGGGAAGGGGGAUAUUUUUAAAGGAAGAAAAAGCCAGGAAGGUUUUACUUUAAAAUGGGGCAGAUUUUUCCUGCCUGCCUUGUUUAAUUUCUUGCCAACUCCCCCACCAUCAGGCCAAAUAGCAGUAUUGCUUUGAGGGAUGGUGAUGUUGGUAUGAAUUAAGGGAUGUGUAUGAGAGACAAUGAUUUUUAAGAGAGAAAGAGUAGUACCACCACUGCAAAUUAUACACAAGAUGCAUAUAGCAGUUGGCGUGUACUUUUUAUUAUAUAUGAAAGAGAGAGAGAGAUUAUAUUUAUAUAUAACAAGAAUAGAGCUAUAUAUAAAUAUGAAUGCUACAAGCCCGGAAGGGGUAAAAAUGUUCCCGGGAGACAACUUGCGUUCCAAAGCGCUACGCGUUUAUUGAAUUAAAGGUCUGCUUCGCCAGUUGCCAGCAAUUAGGUCCUAUCCUCAGGUUGCGGCAGUAGAUGAAGCAGGCCUCCUGAUACCAGACAGAACACUUCUUAUCCUUAAACAGACAAACACUUACUGUUACAAUUCCAAGACUGUGAACAAAUGGCUGGAGAUAGCUGGGGCUAUAAAAAUGUGGGGGUGGAUAGCCAUCCAAAUGGGGAAGUCAUGGGGUGAGGCUGCAGAGAUAUCAAUCUUACCCAGAAACUGGAUGGGUGGGUGGGAUUAUACCUCUUGUCAUUAAAAGGUGACAUUGGGGUUGGGGGAGGUUGAUUGCAGUUGCUCAGCUGGUGAUCUUUUAUUCUUCUCUUCCAUGGGAAUCCUACAAGUUCAGUACACAAUCUGGGAAUCUAGGAUGAAUCAGGCCUUUUAGAAAUCACCCUGCCCACCCCCAGGCUUUGCACAAUCUGCUACCAAUUCUUAUGCUGGUGAUAAUGGGAAAAGUUUUCAAAGACUUUCUGAAAACAGUUGGUCGACGUUUUCAGUAGUGUAGCUAAACUCCACUGUAUACACAAGUUCCUCUCCCAUUUCCCUAUCCUUUUGGGUUGUCUUAAGUUGAAUUGCACCUAUCCUUGCAGAUUAUCUUGUAGAAUCUGAAAGCCUUGAUUUUUGGAAACUUGGUAUAUUCAUUAGAAAUGUUGUAUACUGAAGCAGAUUUCAAAUGCAGAAUGUUAAUAUAGAGCAGGCAGUACAACGUUUUUAAAAAUCACAUAAUUUGGGAGAGGAAAUAGAACAGGCUGAACAUUUUGUUGGAAAGAAUUUUUAAACCAGUUUUCCAGCUGCAAUGCAUGUUUCUUUCUAGUUUCUUACAACUUCUAUGACAUGUACCUCAGAUGACUUGAGUAAUCUAAAAUAUGUUUUGAUUUUUAAUUUGUCUUCCCUUUCUGCUUCCCCCAGCAGAGGGCACAUGAUUAAAUCACUGCGUGGAACAAUGGCUGAUUCCACUCCAAACCAAAAUCAGAAAAAUAUUCUUAAUAGUGCUGAGUAAUUAUAUGAAAUUAAUUGCCACAAGAUAAAUGUUGAUAGCUGUGACCAUAGAUCCUUUAGUGAGUGAUUAUUGGGCAAUAAGUCAGGAUAACUAAAUUGAAUGUAUGCAAUUUCAAUUACUGCAUAAGAAAAUUAGGAUUGUGUUAAAAAGGGGGGGAGGGUAUUAUCCAGAUUUUUUACAAAUUUAUUUCCCUUAUUUUCUGCAAAUGUAUAAAAGGGUAGUUUAAAAUGGAUUUAAAAUCUGAAACAGGGUGUUUUAUUUCUACAGCUGGCUCCAUUCCCUUGAGUUAUUCACCUACCAGAACCCAAAGUAGGAAGUCCUGAUCUCCCUUCUCCCAGUUUAGCUGCCAGAUCACUCUCAUCAAAAGAUUGGAACUGUUUGCUUCAGACAAUUUUUGGAAUCUUAUCUGUAACCAGUUGGCUAUUUUUGCUCUGCAGCUGUUGACUCAAACUCAUUGAGAUGGGAAAUUUCUUACAUUGCUCUAAGAGAGGAUCUUUGGAAAUGAUCCAUGGUUGCCAGAAGGGAGGUAGCACCUGAAAAAGAUUGUCCCUUGUGGUCAAGAACUUGACAACAGCCAAAGGAAAGAGUUGAUUUCAACUUUGGGGAAAUAGCUAGAGUAGUCUAAAGAGUGGGAGAGCAUUUUUGUUUGAAAACUAUCAUAGUUGUAGAUGGGAAAUAUGGGAAGUAGACUCUAUUUUAGAAAACAAAAAGCUGCUAUUUAAAGUAGUUUGUGAUACAGAGUUUGAAUAUUAAGAAUAACUUGAUUUUUAAAAAGUAUUUCUGGUAGGUAAAUUUUGGAAAAAUCAGAUGUUUUUUAAUAGUCAAAGCAGUACACUUUUCAGCUGCAAAAACUAGUAAUUCUAAUUGGGUUGACAUUCUAAACAUUGAAAAGAGAAAGUUUUUGUUCUGCUAGGUAAAUUGUGAAGAACUGACUAAUUGGUGUCUUUUCUGUUCUGAAGUACUUGCUCAAGAGUUAACAAAGAGAAUCAUCUUGUUUAAAGAUAGCAGUACUACUGAGAACCAUACAUUUAGAGAACAUCUUACAAGCUUUCCCCCAAAACAAAAAUAAAAUCUUUUCCUUUUUUUAAAAAAUAUUUCAUAUUACAUCCUGUUGCAGUCCCUAAAUAACAUCUUAAAUGUUCAACUUUCUUUUGCAAGAAAGCUUCAAAACCCAGUUGUCCAGUAAGCAAAACGAAUAAACAAAUCCCAACGUACCAUUUAGAAUACAGUUCUUUUAGCCUUGGUAUCUAGGUAGCAUCCUAUAUCUAGAGUUAUAAUAGCAGAUAUUAAUCCCAAGGUUAUGGACUUCCAGCGUCAAGCAUCGGAUGGCAUUUGGAAGGGACAUGUAUGUCUCUACUUCUUGCAAGGAAGAUCCAGCAUAAAUAUUUGCAGCUAUUAUCUUUCGCUAAAUGUGGAAUCCAGGUCUGAAUUUUUCUACAAUGGCCUUAAGAUUCAUGCCUUUAUUUCUUUGUUAUGAUAGCAGAAUAAGACAGAACUUUAAAUCACACAUCAAAAAAGAUUGGGGGAAAUCUACUUUUUCUGGUGAUAUCCUAGCCUCAGUCUCAGUUGAAACAACUAAUUUGAAGAGCUCUCCAUUGUGAAAUGCACUCCAAUCUGGGCCUAACAAGGAAGUGCCCUUCUCUUCCCAGGAUGAAGGAUGGGAAACAUAAAGACUUUCAUGUCACCGCCACAAUAUUUCCUGAUGCAGGUUGUUUAACUCUUCAAUUUGGAAUGGGAUCCCAAGUGAACUUUGAUGAAUAGUUCGACAUCUUCCUUUGUGUCAACUUUAGUUUGACAGUAUUCAUGGAGGCAAGAUUCUAUACUAAGAAUAACAGAAAUGUCUGAGCAGCUAAAUCUUAGCCAGUUUUGACAUCUAAUUCCAGAGCUAGAGAUCUGCUUGCUUAUGUUAGUCAAUUAUGCAGAUUUCUUAACAUACAGAUUAUUUGCUACAGUAUCUCACAGUUUAGGGGCAGAUAAGGCUGCCUAGUUUUCUAUCGUCUUCAUUUUCUAACUCUAUUUCCAGUGCUUCAGAAGAGGGAGCUUUUGGGAAUAGGAUCAGGGUUUGAUUGACUAUAUUGUUACGGUUCAAAAAAACCAUUCUGGUCCAACCCCCAUUUCUGAAGCCCUGCAGAAUCCAUGUGGUUUUAUGGUCUGUCUGGGUUGCAGAAAUUAAUGAGUCUCAGGUGUAAACUAGUUCAUUUUGCAAGUAAUAGAAAAAUAUCAGAGUUCUGAACUGUGGUUCUAUGGAAGUAUGGAAUGUGGGAUUGAAUAUAAGUCAUUUUGAUUUUUUU